GAAAUCGCCUGGCUUUGAAAACAACGCCGCCAUAUUUAAACCGUUAAAUACUUUGUCGACAAAAUUUGGGCAAUCGUCCUGGGUAAUUUUCCGCAGCACGUCCGUCGUUUACCGCCCAAAAAUGUCAGACGAGUCUUCGGAAUUCACUGAAGACGACAUCCGUCGCCAGCUGGCUGCCCUUGGUUACCACGACGUCCCCGAUUAUCGCCUGAAACAGUUUGCUAGAGACCUUCGGGAGUUGGUGCAGCACGACCGGUCAAAGGCGAGCUCACAGGACCAGAGCUUCGCGUCGUCAACUUCCCGUGUGGACUCCUCUGUCUCCGCCCAGCCAGCCUUCCUUCUACGACAGCCAACACGGGCCAAUCCUUCACAUCUAUAUGGACCAGAUAGACAUGACCCAGUAGAGCAACCAGGUUACGGUAAGGAGAACCAGACAACCAGGAACUUUCCUGUUGGACAUGACAGAGACACUGGUUUCUCCAGAGAGCAGACUACACCAAAAUCAUACUACAACAGACCGACGACUGCACCGGCCAGACCUGCAGGCUACACACAGGCCAGCUCUGCAAAUGACAGCAGGAAUGAAAGCAUUGCCAGGGUGCCCAAGAGGAAGGUUCUGAGAAAGAUCAAUGGCGAAUCCCGCGUGUUCGACGAGUCCCUCACGACGGAGAGCGAGGCAGAUGACAUGAGUGAACUUGGGGAGCGUCUUGCUGGCCUUCCGAUCAAUGAGGAAGAUUCCUACCUGUCUGAGGAUGAUGUUUCACAGUACAGACGGCAAAGGCCACACUCGGCAGGUUUGUGGCCCCACAGACCAGCAGGGGACGAGGAAAGCGAAUACGCACCACACCUCCCGCGAUCAUUCAUCCGCCCCACGGUCCGGCUCCCACAGAACAGAAAGAGCGUGAAGACAGACCCUGUGAACAGGUUCCAUUUCUACAACCAGCAGUGGGCGGCACAGAAGGCUCCGGAGGAGAAGAAGCACAAGGACCUGAGGUGGAACAUCCGUGAACUCAUGAUGCAGAAGGACGAGGUGGUGCAGAAGCCACAGCGUGUCUACGUGCCAAACAGCUACGUGGUGCCGACCAACAAGAAGAGACAAGCUCUGAGAUGGGAGGUCAGGCACGACAUCGCCAGGGGUGUUCUACCACAGUACUAAUUAUGGAACUUGCAAAAAACAUAAUGGAAAGAUUCACAGACAUGAAAGAAAAUAUGUAAAUCUAUGAGUAUGAGUAUGAUGGAUGUUCUUUAGCUUCCAGCUCACCGGUUAUCUACCUUCAAAUCCUUCAUUCUGUAAAAUCCAAAGGCUUUUAAUUUAGACAUACAUUGUAAUUGGAAAGGAUCGCUUCACUUGUGGAAAGAGUUGUGGUGUAAGACCCAAGGAUACUCUGAUUGAACCCGUAUCAUGCUGAUCUUGACAAAGCACUCAGAGAUGGUCACUUUGACUCUGAAAACAGUUAAAUCUCUUUAUUAUGCUUUCUCAAACAACAUUUUGAAAUUUUUUGUACAUCCAGUAUAGUAUCAAGCUAGUUGAAAUACAAAGCUUCUAGUAUGUGUCAAUGCAAUUUGAAAAAUAAUUUGUCAGACUUUAAUACCACUAGACAAUCUGCCUUUUUAUAGGUUGACAUUAGCAUUGUGCAUUGCUAUUAUUGUGUUUGAUGAAUUGUACAAUAAAGUGUCACAAUGUCCAGGCAUUGAUGAAUCAUUUGUGUAAUAGAUUAAAGCGUUGCUGUUUUUA